CCACAGCUGUUUCUGCUGGUUCUUCUUCUUCCCUCUACCAACACAUUUCGCUUUGCAUAACAGUUGCAGACAAUCGUUUAGUUAAAAUAAAUCAAUUAAAAUGUCCAAGGCGGCGGGUAAACUGAAAUCCCUGAAGAAGACAGUGGAUCGUGUGACGCACACGAGCAAACUGAAAACGAAUAUACCCGCGGGAAUGGCCGCUGCAGGACCUCCAUUGGGACCAAUGUUGGGACAGAGAGCUAUUAAUAUUGCCGCCUUUUGCAAAGACUUUAAUGCCAAGACCGCAGAAAUGAAGGAAGGCGUGCCAUUGCCCUGCAGGAUUUCCGUGAAUAGCGAUCGCAGCUUUGAUUUGGUCAUCCACCAUCCGCCGGCCACUUAUUUCCUGAAACAGGCGGCGGGAAUCCAAAGAGGCACCAUGACCCCUGGCAAGGAAGUCGCCGGCAUGAUCACUCUCAAGCAUUUAUACGAAAUUGCCUCGAUCAAAAUUCAGGAUCCGCCAAAUGCCCUUCUUACUAUGCAGCAAAUGUGUGAGAUGCUAAUUUGCAUUGCCCGGACCUGUGGCAUCAAGGUGGUCAAGGACAUAGAUCCGGUGGCUUAUGGGGAGUUCUUAGAGGAGCGCAAGAUUAUUGUGGAGCAGCAGCGGCGCGAGUUGCAGGAGAAGCGAGAGGCCAAGAUGUUGCGCACGGGCUAGGUUUGCUGAUUAGCACUGUGUGUUUAAUUGUUAAAAAUACAUUUAUACUUAAAGUGAAA